CAACAAGGCCGAGAAGUCAAAUUACAAUUCACAUUACGUUCAAGUGUGCACACAAAAAGCUCAUAAAUUAAUAGUUGCAUUAGAUUAACUAAUAGACGAAGGCAACAUGUCGCAUACUCAUCAAAAAGUCCUCGACGACAUUCGGCGAAGCAUCGAGUCGCAGCUAGAGGAGCGCGACAUCGAGGUGGAUGGGGAAUUCAUAGCCUUUGUGGUGCAUCUGCUCAUUCGAGACGUGCGGCUCGGUCUGGUGAAGACAGACUUAAGUAAGCCAAGCACAUGCCACGUCAGGACUUUUGUCGAGAACGUUGUCAGCUGGUACCUGGAUGACAGCGACACGACCAUGGCCAACCUGCGUCUGUCCUGGAUCAUGAAGACGGGCCACGGCAUCAGCUUGGCGUACGUGCGCGAGCAAUACGAGAAGGACUAUCAGCAACAGCUGAAGCGAAUCAUUGACGAUAUCCUGCAGUAUCCAGAGACUUGCAGCAAAGUGCAGCUGGAUCAAUUGUUUUCCAAAAUGCAAGUUUUCAUUGUGGCUACCAACCAUCUGGGCUGUCCCAAGAACCAUGUGCUCCUCAAGCUGACAGCCCAGGCGCUGCACAGCGUCAUCGGCCGCAGCGACCUACAGAACUAUGUCCUCAAGAAGAAGUAUCACAGGCAGGAGUACCUGAAACGGCUGGCCGACACUGUCGCUGGCAUUCUCAUCUUCAACAACGACGGACCCGACGGCGAUCGCGAGAACGUUCGAAAUAUAAUUGAAGAUCUGCAGAUGGCCCAGGCGAACACAAAUGCCGCCUUUGAUGCCGCGCUGGAACGCCUCAGGGAGCUCAGCUCCAGAUGCCAGACGGCGAUUAGCGAGCAGUUGCAGUUCGACUGCAAGGAGACGACCCUUUACUAUGGCGUGCCCUUCGCCCAACUGGACCGCAUCAAUCAGUUCACCAUCACGUUCAACAUGCUGAUGCGCUGCUUGGUGGCGCUGCAGAGCAGCUAUGAGCACACGACGUAUCUGCUGAGCGUGGAGACGGGUCGCUACGACUGUGUGGUGGCCAAGAUCAACGCUUCGCUGGCCAUGCGCACCUCCAUUGACUCCGAGUUGAUAUUUCCGCACUUUGUCUACCUAGCCAAGGUCUGGGCGAAUCUGAAUCACUACUUCAACCACAUCGUCGAGUUGAACAAGCUGCGUGAGCGUGUCGAGGCCCAGAUCACCAGUGGGAUGGUGCAGCGCUCGAAGGAUACGAUUGCGGAAAUCCAAGAGCUGAGCAAAAGUCACAGCGAAAUGCGUAAAUGCAGCUUCAAUCAGCGCAUGGACACGUUGAAGAAAACUCAAACUGAUGGCAACUUCUGCAGCCUCGCCCAGGCGGACAUUAAGGAGUUUUGCGCCCUCGCGAUGGCCGUGACGAACGGACUGCUCCUGCCAGCCAAGGUGGUGCGCAAGCUCUGUAUGAAUGUGGACAUUCAGUUUGGCUUUCAGGACGAGACCUAUGCCCGCAUAGGGGAGCUAUGGUUCGAGCGCUUCAUAACCGCUUUGCGACAAUCGAUCUUUAACAAUGCCAACUUGGUGCUGCUCUUCCAAUUGGACCAUAUACUGAUCGCCAAAGAGCUCCAGCCAGUGCCCGCGGAGCCGCCAAAGACGAAGGAUUUCACAGGGCAAACCGAAAUGGUAGUUACGAACGACUUGAAACCGGCCAAUUGGAUUAAUGUGACAUGGAAUGCCUGGGACUACCAUCGAGAGACAAUACAUCUGGCCGAAAUACGCAAACGACAGACGUGCGAUACCCAGUCGACGAUCACUUAUGGCAAGCGCAAUGCACAGAACCAAACGUACAAUGUGCGCCAUCACUUGCGUUGAGCAUUCACCUGCAUUUGGUUGUCGCACGUUGUACAUGGCCACCAUGCGAUUCACUAUAAAG